GGGUUGGACUGGCGGCCGCGGAGUUUGUGACACACUAGGUGACACCCCUCGAGUCACUUCCCUUCGACUCCAGCUGGAGCGCCUGCCUGGCUUUGGGUCCGUUCGGCAGCCUUCGCCCCCCUCCUAGACUCAGGGCCGGACUCCGGCGCAAAGCCCAGCCCAGUGCAGCCGCCAGCAGCAGCAGCGCAGCCGCCCAGCCCGCCCAGCGCGGCAGAACUCCCCGGCAGCCCCAGCCAUGAACACCGAAAUGUAUCAGACCCCUAUGGAGGUGGCGGUCUAUCAGCUGCACAAUUUCUCCAUCUCCUUCUUCUCUUCCCUGCUUGGAGGGGAUGUGGUGUCCGUUAAGCUGGAUAACAGGUAACCAUCGGCCCCAGCUUCUGCGCCUCACCAAGCCAGGGCGCCUAGGGGGUGGAGGGAGGCUGGGCUCCGAGCCGGAUCUCGGAGCGAGCCGUGCGCCGCCGGUCCCCGAUCCCCGCGGUGCAGCAUCCUGGGAAGGGGCGGGGGGUAAGGGACGCAGGAAGGGGGGGUCACCGCCGCUCCAGGAUCCGUCGUCGGAGCGUCCCCGCGGUCGCUGCGCGCUGAAAACCAGCUGCUGCAGCCGCGGAGGCAGCCGGAGGCAGAGAGGCGGCGGGUAGGAGCGAGCAGGGGCUGGCCUGGCGCCGUUCGGAAGCAGGCCGGAAGCUUCCCAGCCUAGAAGGGAUUCCUAACUAGCUGCACAGCCGGUGCCUCCGGAGCCAGCGUGGUGGCCAUAGACAACAAGAUCGAGCAGGCCAUGGACCUGGUGAAAAAUCAUCUGAUGUAUGCUGUGAGAGAGGAGGUGGAGAUCCUGAAGGAGCAGAUCCGAGAGCUGGUGGAGAAGAACUCCCAGCUGGAGCGUGAGAACACCCUCUUGAAGACCCUGGCCAGCCCGGAGCAACUGGAGAAGUUCCAGUCCCGUCUAAGCCCCGAAGAGCCUGCUCCUGAAUCCCCAGAUGCACCCGAGGCCCCUGGUGGUUCUGCGGUGUAAGUGGCUCUGUCCUCAGGGUGGGCAGAGCCACUAAACUUGUUCUACCUAGUUCUUUCCAGUUUGUUUUUGGCUCCCCAAGCGUCAUCUCACGUGGAGAACUUUACACCUAGCAUAGCUGGUGCCAAGAGAUGUCCCAAGGACAUGGCCACCUGGGUCCACUCCAGUGACAGACCCCUGACAAAGAGCAGGUCUCUGGAGGCUGCGUUGCAUGGGGCCUAGCAACCCCAAGCCAGUGAGCCUAUAAUGCUACCGCGCCCUGGGGGCUCCCAGGGCCUGAGCAACUUAGCUUCAACUGGCAAAGGAGAAGGGUAGUUUGAGAUGUGACGCCAGUUUGCUCCAGAAAGUAUAAGGGGUCUGUUUCUCAUUUCCACGGACAUCUUCAACAGCUUCACCUGACAAUGACUGUUCCUAUGAAGAAGCCACUUGUGUUUUAAGCAGAGGCAACCUCUCUCUUCUGCCCUGCCUCACGAAGGUAGGGUGCACAACUGGGAGAGAUUGAGCCAAGUCAGCCUUCUGUUGGUUAAUAUGGUAUAAUGCAUGGCUUUGUGCACAGCCCAGUGUGGGAUUACAGCUUUGGGAUGACCGCUUACAAAGUUCUGUUUGGUUAGUAUUGGCAUAGUUUUUCUAUAUAGCCAUAAAUGCGUAUAUAUACCCAUAGGGCUAGACCUGUAUCUUAGUGUAGCGAUGUAUACAUAUACACAUCCACCUACAUGUUGAAGGGCCUAACCAGCUUCGGGAGUAUUGACUGGUCCCUUAUCUCUUAAGGCUAGUUCUUUGACUGUGUUCAUCUACCAAGUUGAUCCAGUUUGUCUUUUAGGUUAAAUAAGACUCAAGAGUAAAGACAGGGAGGGGGGCCAGCCUCUGAAUAUGGUCACAGAUGCCUUGCUGCUGCAACCCUUUCCCCAGCUGGCCACUGAAGACACAUGAAGUCCUUUUUUGAAUGCCAAACCCACCAUUCACUGGUGCUGACUACAUAGAAUGGGGUUGAGGGAAGAUCAGCUUGGACUUCACAGUGUUGUUUAAAAACUUUUAAAAAAAAAAUUCUUAUAGAAAACUUUCAAGUAAACAGAAGGAUUGUGUCCUACUGUGAAUGAGCGAUGGAGAAGGGAAUGGCUUUGUUCAGAUGGAGCCUGGGCGAUGUACCCAGGGAGCUUGUCUCUAGGGGAUUCCGUGACAGUGAACACUUUCCACUUUCUGACACCUUAUCCUGAUGUAUGUCUCCAGGAUUUGGAUUUGGAUUUUUCAAAUGUAGCUUGAAGUUUCAAUAAACUUUGCUCUUUUUUUUCUAAAAAUAAA